AUGGCGAGGAUAUACGACGGAAAUGCUGUGGGAAUAGACCUUGGAACAACCUAUUCUUGUGUUGGUGUUUGGUUGGAAGAAAAGAACAGAGUUGAGAUUAUUCACAACGAUGAAGGCAAUAAAAUCACACCUUCCUUUGUUGCUUUUACCGAUGAUCAAAGGUUGGUUGGUGGUGCUGCUAAGGAUCAGGCUGCUAUCAACCCAGAGAACACUGUCUUUGAUGCCAAGAGGUUAAUUGGUAGGAAGUUUAGUGAUCCCGUUGUUCAAAAUGAUAUAAUGUUGUGGCCAUUCAAGGUUAUCUCUGGUGUUAAUGACAAACCUAUGAUUACUGUUAAGUACAAGGGUCAAGAAAAGAACCUAUGUGCUGAGGAAAUAUCAUCUAUCAUCCUCACAAACAUGAAGAAGAUUGCAGAGACAUAUUUGAAAUCACCUGUUCAAAAUGCAGUUGUGACUGUGCCUGCUUAUUUCAAUGAUUCUCAGCGAAAAGCCACCAUGGAUGCUGGUGCCAUUGCUGGCCUUAAUGUUAUGAGGAUAAUCAAUGAACCCACUGCUGCAGCUAUUGCAUAUGGCCUUGACAACAAAGGUAACUGUGAUGGUGAACGAAAUAUUUUUGUGUUUGAUCUUGGUGGUGGGACUUUUGAUGUGUCUCUCCUCACAAUUAAAGGUGAUGUCUUUGAAGUUAAAGCAACCGCUGGAAAUACUCACCUUGGGGGAGGGGACUUUGAUAACAGAAUGUUGAACUACUUUGUUGAGGAAUUUAAGAGAAAGAACAAUGUGGAUAUUACUAAGAACCCAAGAGCUUUGAGGCGGUUAAGAACGGCAUGUGAAAAGGCAAAAAGGACACUUUCUUUCAAAUUGGUCACUACUAUUGAAAUUGAUUAUUUAUGUGAGGGCGUCGAUUUCUCUUCAUCAAUCACGCGUGUCAAGUUUGAGGAAAUCAAUAUGGACCUUUUUAAUGAGUGUAUAAAUACUGUUGAGAGUUGUCUUACCGAUUCUAAGAUAGAGAAGAAUGGUGUAGACGAUAUUGUCCUUGUCGGUGGCUCGUCCAGAAUUCCCAAAGUACAGGAACUAUUGAGUGACUUCUUCAAUGGGAAAGAUUUAUGCAAGAACAUCAAUCCUGAUGAGGCUGUUGCUAGUGGGGCUGCAGUUCAGGCUUCUUUGCUGUGUAAAGACUUUAAGAAAGUUCCAAACUUGGUGCUGCGAGAUGUUACCCCUCUGUCACUUGGUAUCUCAGGCCAUGGAGAUAUUAUGGCUGUGGUUAUUCCUAGGAAUACUACUGUACCUGUCAAAAGGCCACAUGAAUGUGGUACUGCUAAAGAUAACCAAUCCUCAGCCCGAAUUAAGGUUUAUGAGGGUGAGAGAGCAAGAGCUAGUGACAACAAUCUGCUUGGCUUUUUUAAUCUUUCGUGCGUCCCGGGUGCUCCUCGUGGGCAUCCCUUUGAGGUAUGCUUCACCAUCGAUGAAAAUGGUAUCCUAACUGUUUCUGCGAAGGAAAUAUCCUCUGGCAAUACAAACGAAAUAACGAUAACCAAUGACAAAGAAAGGUUAUCGGCUGAUGAAAUUAAAAGACUGAUUCAAGAAGCAGAGGUGUACCUCGCUGAGGAUCAGAAAUUCCUAAGGAAGGCUAAGGUAAUGAAUUCAUUAGAUGAUUGUGUUUACAAGUUAAGGAAUGCUCUAAAGAAUAAGGAUAUUAAACUAAAGUGCUCUUCUCAAAAAGUUAAAAAGAUCAAUCAUGCAAUUACAAUGGCUACAAAUUUGCUUGAUAAGAAUAACCAGGAGAAUGACAUAGAUGUUCUUGUGGAUCAUCUGAAGGAGCUUGAGAGCAUGUUGGAAGACCUUUUGGUCAAGAGUGGCUAGUUUUCUUUCCAAGAAGUUAGAUUUUUAAAUGUUGUCUUGCU